CGCACCGUCACGACAGCUUCGCCUUCUCGCCCACUUUGAGAUAUCAGGUUGCAAUCUCGGCCUCGAAUCGCUGUCUCCGUAAUAUCCUGAGCUUCAACAAAAACAUCCCAAACAUGAACCACCUUCCACAGGCAUGGGGCCGUCCUAGAGACGAUGUUUACGGUGCUUAUGAUCCCUCACACUUCUCAUCCGAUGGCCCAAAUCAGCACACUCAGAGCCCGAUUGUUACCGGUACCUCAGUACUCGCGGCCAAGUUCAAGGAUGGCGUAGUCAUUGCGGCGGACAACCUGGCUUCAUACGGAUCUCUCGCCCGUUUCACCGACGUCAAGCGUCUACGAAAGUUCAACGAUGAGGUAGUCGUGGGUUUCGGCGGCGACGUCUCGGACAUGCAGUACAUCGACCGCCUUCUGAACUCUCUGGACAUUCGCGAGAAUUACUCUUCUUCUGAGAACUCGCUCAAUGCGAAGAACCUCCACACCUACCUCGCCAAAGUCAUGUACAACCGCCGAUCCAAGUUCGACCCACUGUGGAACCACUUGCUCAUUGUCGGUAUGGAUGGCGAGUCGAAGCCCUUCCUUGCAAGUGCAGAUCUCCUCGGUACCACAUUCACGUCGCCAUCGUUAGCCACAGGUUUCGGUGCACAUCUCGCCCAGCCGAUUUUGAGGACCAUAUUGCCAGACGAGGCUGCUGUGGAGAACGUCACAAAGGAGCAGGCAGUGGAGAAGAUCAAGGAGUGUAUGAAGGUUCUCUUCUACAGGGAUGCUAGGAGUAUGGACAAGUACUCGAUUGCAGUCGUGACCAAGGAGGGUGUAGAAUUAGACGAGAACGUGAAGCUGGAGAACCAGAGCUGGGCCUUUGCAGACAGGAUCAGGGGAUAUGGCACGCAGACUGUGUAGGUCUGUUCAUGGUAGAAAGACGAACAUCAUGACGGAAGAAACCGCGGCCAAUUAGAAGCCGAAUUCUAAAUGAAAGACAUGAAUGAAUGUACCACCAACAGUCUGGCUGUGUUAUUUCCUGUUCUUAUUCAACUGUGUAUCUUUUGCAGUACCACUGAUAUUAGC